AUGUCGUCCUCUCUCUAUGGCCAGCUGCUGGUCACUCAGUCUGUACUUGAGUUGAUUGUAGAAAACAAGGAGCAUAAAGAACUGAGUAAAGAGAAGGAGAAACAUCAUGUCAAAACUGGAGAAAAACCUCUGAGUCGCUCUCAAACCAAACAGAAAGGUUUAAAGAAAAGAAGAGACAAGAAAUCUUUCACCUGCACUCAGUGUGGAAAGAGUUUGAAAUGCAAUAAAAGUCUCAAAGUUCACAUGAGGAUCCACACUGGAGAGAAACCAUACACAUGUGAGCAGUGUGAGAAGAGCUUCACACAAUCAUCAAACCUUCAGAAACACAUGAACAUCCACACUGGAGAGAAACUGCACAAAUGUGAUCAAUGUGGAAAAACAUUUUUGAGGGCUUCAAACCUGAAGAGUCACCUGAAAGUUCAUACGAAGGAGAAACCACAUUCAUGUUCUUUGUGUGGAAAGAGUUUUUCACAUCUGCAGAAUUUAAAACUACAUAAGAAGAUACACACUGGUGUGAGAGAUCAUAUGUGCUUAGAGUGUGAGAAGACUUUUAUUACAGCUGAAGAUUUGAAGCGGCUCCAGAGGAUCCACACUGGAGAGAAACCUUACAUGUGUUCACACUGCGACAAGAGAUUCAGUCGGACAGAAACCCUGAAAAAACAUGAGAGGAUUCACACUGGAGAGAAACCUAACACAUGUGAUCAGUGUGGAAAAUGUUUUGCAGGAAAAGGAGGACUUGCAUUGCAUAAGAGAGUCCAUAUAGGAGAGAAACCGUUCACUUGUGAUCAAUGCCGGAAGAGUUUCUCAAAAUCAUCAAAUCUUAUACAACACAUGAAGAUCCACACUGGAGAGAAACCAUAUGAAUGUGAUCAAUGUGGAAAAACAUUUUUUGAGGGCUUCACACCUGAAGAGUCACCGGAAAUUAUGGGGUAA